UAGGCUGCCAAUUGAUGACAUCACUUUUUGCAUUUAUUGAUGGGAAGGCUCCUGUUUGUUCAAAAAUAUUUCUCAAAUCAACAUGGUAUUAGGAAUGACAUAUGCAAAUUAUUAAAGUGAACUUUCCACUGUAAAGGUCGAGAAUAAAAUCGUAAUUCUAGCAUACACAAAAGAUGAAUUUUAAGUGACCCACAGCAAGGUGUAUGAGGAAGACUCUUUUAUACUCAUUUAUUUAUUAGUUAGUUUAUUUAACAGGGGCAACAUGGAUAAACAUUGUUACAUAAGGGGAAGCAAUGCAACAGAUCCAUUGUAUAUAGGGCAAUAAAACAGAUUGUGUUUAUGUGUACAUGCAUGCGUAUGUAUUGUACAUAACUAUGUAUGCACUGAUGUCCUGGUGCGAGUGUAUGUGUAUAAGUAUAAAUGCACGGUAUGUAUGUGACAAGCGGAUCAGUUCAAAGGUUAUUCUGUGUUCACAUCUUUGUUGUUUAAGCCACUGUUCCAUUUCUGUAUUGAAAACUUUAAAUUCUGAUUGUGUUUUUAAUUAAGGUGGUUCCAUAGUUGAGAGCCUUUUAAUGAAAAAUUCUGAAAUAUAAGUUGGAGACGCUAAAACUUAAAAAUAAUGCCUACUGUCAGAGCUUAGCCAAAAGAGUUUAAAGAUCACUGCCGGGAUGUUAGCCAUACAACAAAUUUUCCAAAGCAGCCAUCAGGCCCCAGUCUGUCUUGUAGAGCAUGCUGUUUUCCCGCAGAUUGUCUUAUCAGGGGUUGGCAUAGCUGCACCCCGGGACAGCUGAUGGGAGGAGUCAGCUCAACUGAACUAACCCUUCAUGAGUGCCAAAAGAACCUACACAACACCCAUCAACAGUCAUCUAUUUAGCACCGGCAGGUCUACAGAUAUGUAAUGUGCUGUUGAUUUUUUGCAGCAAGAGCCGGUCCUGAAUGUGUUCAACUGCCAACUAUGGUCUCCCACUGAGGAGAACCUGUGAGGUAUUAGCCACUCCAGGCAGGCUGUGUGGGGGAGUGUCCAUGUCAACUAAUUUCCCUGGAGCCAGGUCUCAUGGAGCUCCUCAAGAUACAGAGAUGGAUGUGGCUUUUCAGGAGCUGAUGGCCAUCACAGAGCUGCAGUUUGAUGUCCCUGGUGAAGGCUCCUAUGAAACAACACAGUACCAAACCAUGGAGCCCAUGGUCCCUAUGGGAGGAUAUGGGAUGGCUCAGUCCCAUUCUAUGCCUCCUCCUGCUGCUGCUGCUUGUGAGCUUGGCACUGCUGACACUUACGAUGGAUGUUACUCUGAAGAAGUGCCUGUCUGUCAUCAACUAGGCAGCAACGCAGAGGCAGUGUACGGACACUCUGGAUCUCAGCUCAAUCAAACAAUGCUCCCCAUCUCUUCUCACACACAGCCCUCACUCAUGGCUCCUAGGAAACAGAUGAACAUGUCAAGUACCAGUCAAGGGCACAGAAGGGCCAACGCUUGUCUCUCUCAGGGACUAAAUCAGCACAUGCUGUGGACUAUACAUGGACAAAGUUCGCACGCUCGCUCAGCUGAUGAUCUGGAGUCGGACUCUGGUCUGUCUCUGGGUUCUAGUCCACCUUUGGCAUCCCCAGAUAAUCCUGCUGGUGGUGCACCAGGUUACCAGAGUGUAGACAUGGGCACGACAUAUGGGGACUGUGAACCAGACAGUAUGACUGAGCACACUAGAGGAGCACACAUCCAUUACUCGAUGGACUACCAGAAUCAGUCUCACUCAUAUUUACACUCAGGUACACAGCAGUCCUAUUUUUCAUCCCAACACUCUUUAUCUCAUACACAACCAAAUGGUCCGACUUCUUGGUCAGUGAAACAGCAGGGUCAGUCCACUGCUCUGAGUGACCAAUACAUUGACUCUGGAGUGUCCAGCAGAGGGAGCUCUCAGCAUAACAUGUAUAUAAAAUCACAAGGAAGCAUCUCCACUCCUGCUCCACUGAGCAGAGAUGAGCGACGAGCCGUGGCUUUGAAGAUUCCAUUCCCCAUGGAUAAGAUUAUCAAUCUGCCCGUGGAUGAUUUCAAUGAGCUCCUGACACAGUAUACUCUGACAGAUACUCAACUGGCACUGGUCAGGGACAUUAGACGGAGAGGGAAGAACAAGGUGGCAGCUCAGAACUGCAGGAAAAGGAAGCUUGAGAGCAUAAUUCACCUUGAAAGAGAACUGACCCAGCUGCAAGCCCAAAGAGAGCACUUAGCACAGGAAAGGCGCGAGUUCCAGCACAGCUUGGGUUUUAUUAAGUGUCGCCUUGCAGACCUCUAUUCAGAAGUAUUUUCUCAUUUAAGAGAUGAAGAUGGACAACCAUACUCAAUAGAUGAUUACUCCCUGCAACAAACACCUGAUGGUAAAAUUUAUUUGGUACCUCACACAACUAUGCAAAAGAGAGAUCAAUGCUGAGGAAUUAGAGACAGUCUUGCAUUAUGUAAUACCUACAGAAUGUAUACUGCCUGAUUGUGCCAACUGAAGUAAAUUAACUUGGAAGUUAAUUCAAGACUUAACCCUCAUGUUAACUUGCAGUACAUGUAUUAAUAGACAUUUUUCAUGCUCUUACAAUUGACUGAAACCACACCAGUGCUUUAUAAAAAUAGGCUACUUUAUUAAAAAGUAAGAUCCACUGCACAGCAGUCUUCAGUUUUAAAAAAAUAAAAUAAAAAAAGUACAAAAGUCUUCAGCACCAGCAUGAUUGUUCAGCAAACCUGUGAAAACACAACAAGUUAAAUAAAAUAUAAAACUCUGAAAAA